AUGGCCCCGAAAGAGGACAUGUUGCCCCCGGGCUGGGAUGAUCUAGACAGGUAUGCUGAUCACCCUUGUUUCGGAGGCCUUGAUGACACGCCUGGCCCGGUUUUUCCAUGUCGGUACCUCCUCCUGUACCUGGAAUCAACCCUCUCAUGCCCGAACAAUGCCUUGGGCGAGACAUCAUCCAUUGCUCUGCUCUCUCCUUGUGGAACCUCGAUGCAAGCCUCGAGCAUUCUCCCGUCGGGGGAGAAGGACCCUCGUGGGCAGAUGGGCCAAUUGUUCAUGAUGGGUUUCGAUGGAACGGUCGUGAGCCCCCAGAUUCGCUCUCUCAUCGAAGACUAUCACCUCGGCUCGGUGUUGCUCUCCGCGAAGAAUUUAAAAUCUGCGGAGGAUGCCACCCGACUGGUAUUGGAGUUACAGACCAUUGCUCGAGAUGCGGGUCAUCUGGUGCCUUUGCUCAUCGUCCUCGACCAGGAAAAUGGCGGUGUGAAUAGCUUAUAUGACGAGAUCUUCAUUCGGCAAUUCCCGAGCGCCAUGGGAAUCGCGGCCACGGGGUCCAAAGCCCUGGCGCAUGAAGUCGCCAAGGCGACGGCUCAAGAGCUCAAGGCUGUUGGGGUCAAUUGGAUCCUUGGCCCCGUGCUGGACGUUUUGACGAAUGUCCGAAAUCAACCGCUCGGGGUACGCACCUCGGGGGAUGACCCGCAAGAAGUCUCUCAGUAUGGAGUCCAAUUCAUGAAGGGAUAUCAAGAAGCAGGCCUGGCGACGUGCGGCAAACACUUUCCUUCGUAUGGAAAUCUGGAAUUCUUGGGCUCACAUACGGACGUGCCCAUCAUCACGGAAUCAUUGGAGCAAUUGAGUCUCACGGCGCUGGUGCCGUUUCGGAACGCCAUCAUGCAAGGUCUGGACGCUAUGAUGGUCGGCGGUGUAUCCAUGUCAUCGGCUGGGAUGAAUGUCAUGCACGCCUGUUUGAGCGAUCAGGUUGUCGACGAGCUCUUGAGAAAGGACUUGAAAUUCCAGGGGGUGGUGGUUUCCGAGUGUCUGGAAAUGGAGGCUCUCACUCACAACAUCGGCGUCGGCGGCGGCACCGUCAUGGCCAAGAAUGCCGGAUGCGAUGUCAUAUUACUUUGUCGGUCAUUUCCCGUCCAGCAAGAGGCCAUCAACGGGUUGAGGCUGGGCGUGGAAAAUGGUAUCAUUGGCCGCGCACGUAUUGAGCAGUCGCUUCGCCGGGUCCUGAGGCUAAAGGCCCGGUAUACCUCCUGGGAACAGGCAUUAAACCCGCCAGGUCUGGCCUCGCUCACCCAGAUGCAGCCAUCGCACACGAAUCUCUCAACACGCGCCUACAAUAGCUCGAUCACCGUACUGCGUGACAAGAACAAUCUCCUACCCCUGUCGAAUGUCAUUGACGCCAACGAGGAACUCUUGCUCUUGACUCCACUGGUCAAGCCCCUGGCCGCAUCGGCGGUGUCUCUGUCGGCGAAUGAUGUCUUCCACGGAGUCACGGUGGACCAAACGGCAAUGGACCGAUCCGCGUCUGUUUUGAGUGGCGAAACGGUCUUCAGAGAGUUGGGGAGGUCUCUAUCGCGCCAGAGAAGUGGUCGGGUUCUCCAUACUUCGUACACCCACAACGGCGUACGGCCGAUCCACGAGGACCUUCUCCAGCGAGCCAGCGCGGUGAUUGUGGUGACGGCAGACGCAAAUCGGAAUCUAUAUCAACAGGCCUUUGCCAAACAUGUCUCCUUGCUAUGCCAGACCCAAUAUUCUGCCACCGGGGAACGUCGAGAAAAACCAGUUAUAGUUGUUGCAGUCAGCUCACCGUAUGACUUUGCUAUGGAUCCCUCCAUCAAGACCUAUGUGUGCACGUAUGACUUUACCGAAACCGCGCUUCAGGCGUUGGUCAAGGUUUUAUAUGGCGAUCUCACCCCCUCGGGGACCCUUCCCGGGUCCCUCAGCCGCAGUCAAAAGAUUCACCAGUCCCGGCAGCACUGGCUGGUUGAGAAUUGGAAUGAAGAGCGAGAUGCUCAUGGACUGGAUGCCCUGCUGGAUGUGGUUCGCGGGGACCGGGUCCAGGGACAACGAUCGGAGCUGCUCUCGGCGCUGUAUGGAUUCUGUGCCACCUACUUCUUUCGCUCGACCGGGACCGGUGUGAUUGGGUGUCUGAUCGUGGAUCCGGCUCGUCGCAAAUUAUCCAUUGGACAUUCUCUCCACAGUCGGGCGAUUCGCAAUCUCCUUCAGCGCAAGGGGGUCAAACGCUUCCAGCUUGGUUCCCGACUUCCGGGGAUUUAUCUCGGCAUCCCGACUGCCAACCAUGUCGAGCGCAAGCGAUUGCGCCAGUGGUUUGCUAAUCUGGGCUGGAAUACCUCUCUCUCACGUCCUGUCUGCAGUGUUGUGUUGGGCAACCUGAUGGCAUGGGUCCCGCCUGAGGGUCUGACCAUGACGCUCCGAACGGCUGCUGUUGCCUACGACCUGGUCUACGGCUGGGACUAUGCCCGUACAAUCCUGGAUCAUAUCAAGACAAACGCACGCCAGGGCGUGGCAGAUAUCUACCGGAUCGCACUCAGUGGCGCCCCAAACUGCGGCAUCAUUCGUGCGAAGCGGUCCACCGAUAAUAUGAUUGUUGGUAGUGUUGUGAUCUACAAUGAACGAUCCGCGCUCGCAGAGCAUAUGCCCGCCUUGCGGGCUACCAGCACCGCUAAUGUUACCGCUGGGGGUAUUUCUUCUCCUGUCAUCUCGCCGGUCGCAGAUGACUAUUCUACCGUCAUGCAGGGCUUGAUCCUGCUUGCGAUCAAACAAAUCCGGAAGCUCAAUGCGAAUGCCGUGGUGAUGGACUGUGUCGACGGUGACGGUAAUUUCGACUGCCUCUCCUCGAUGGGUUUCAGUAUGCUACACAGCUUUGAGGAGGUGAACUGUGACGCCGCCACGUGGACGAUGAUGCAUCCAUCAUGA